AUGGAUGGCCUCUGGGAAGUAGCGGUGUCAUCGCUACAGGACACCUGCAAUGCUAACGAACAGCGUAGUUUUGACCUGCGAUUCAACGCGGCCAUAGAAGAGAUGUCGCCGAAAGAGCUGGCCGCGUAUCGCGAAAGUGUGGAGGAGCACCGUGAAAAUGCCAAAAAAGGCAGGAGACUCAUAAACACAGCUUUGGAGAAUGUGGUAGCUCUCAUCGAGGCCAGGCAAGAGGCUCCAGAGCCACGCAGCCGCAAGAAGGAAGAGGCAAAGCCUAAAAAGAGUGGAAGAAGGUAA